AUGAUUCCAAUCCAAUGUCAUAAUCAUAUUACCGAAGGUACUAUAUAUUCCCUAUCAUAUUUUAAGCCUCAAAUUACAUCACUACACUACUUAUAUCCCAAGAAAAAAUAUUUUAAGCCAAAGGAGCUUUAAUCCUUAAAGGAGAGUUUAUAAAUUAAUGGGGUAUAGAUUUAAAGACAUUUUUUAAAUAAAAAGGAAGCUGCUUUAUAGAAGAUUUAUAGAAAAAGUGA